UCCGUUUACACAUGACCCUCAAUGACCGCAGAGCAACGUGAAGUCAUGCUAGUGUGUAUAUUUUGAUAAAGUGCGUGAAAUAAACACACACACAAUGUAUCGUGGGUUAUACAGUCUCUUAAAAGGGUCGUGUCAGACGCUUGUUGAGCCCCUGAAUUCAAAGGGAGGACUGAUUGGAGGAAAUGUAGUCCGUAUGCUGUCAUGCAGUGCCGUCCGAUUACAAGAAUCUGAUGUCGAACCUGUGGAAACCAAGAACCCGUCAGCACCCGUCAAAAGAUUAAAGGAUCUCUUUCCUCCAUUGCCUGGUCAGGAGAGCUCGCUGACAUGGGACAGCAAAAAAUAUGAAGGGUUACCGAUCGCACACAUAAAAGCUACGUACAACAACACACACAUUCAGGUGACAGACAGCGCAGGCCUGUACAUGGUCCGAACCUCAUGCGGCUCAGAAGGCUUCAAGAAUGUGAAAAAAUCCACCCCUGUUGCAGCACAGACUGCUGGGAUUUCUGCUGCUGCGAAGGCAAAGGCGAAGGGGGUCACGUACGUUCGCGUGCUGGUGAAAGGACUCGGUCCAGGGCGCUUGUCGGCCAUUAAAGGGUUAACCAUGGGAGGACUGGAGGUUGUAUCCAUCACCGACAACACCCCGGUCCCACACAAUGGCUGUCGCCCUCGCAAAGCGAGAAGGAUGUGAGGAGGAACAAACCCUGUGUACCCAGAUGUUUUGUCGUUUUCUGCACAUCUUCAUCCCGGAUCUAGUCUGAAUAGAGAGACUGAUUUAUGCAGGUCAUCCCUGUUCAGCUUUCAAUGCUCUCUAUUUUCUUUUUUUGCAAUAACAUCUUUAAUGACAUAUGUGUUAUUUACAUUUUUCAUAAUUAUUAAAGAGUAUUGAAGACUCA